AUGACGGCCACCACCGGGGCACUGCCCGGCAUCGCGCAGGAUGCUGGAUUGCGCCCCAUAGAAGAAGUAGUUGUGAUUGGUUCGCGCUCCCGCGAAGGACGCACGAACCUUGAGACUGCUGUGCCUAUCGAUGUUUUUAACGCCGAACAACUUACCAGUACCGGUCGCCUGGAGCUGAACCAGGCGCUCGCAGCGGCAGUGCCUUCUUUUAACUUCAACCAGACGUCUAUCAACGACGGUACAGAUAUUGUGCGCCCCGCUACCUUGCGUGGCCUGCAGCCGGACCAGACGCUGGUUCUGUUAAACGGUAAACGCCGCCACAGCUCAUCGCUGGUAAACAUCAAUGGCUCUGUCGGUCGUGGCUCUGCUGCGGUAGACAUGAAUGCAAUUCCCAUCAGCGCCAUCAGUGCGGUUGAGGUGUUACGCGAUGGCGCAUCUGCCCAAUACGGUUCCGAUGCCAUCGCCGGUGUACUCAACGUGCGCCUGAAGCAGGAUCGUGAAGGUGGCGGAAUUGACGGGUUUUUCGGCCAGUACUCAACUGAAAUCAACGCCGCCGACCGCAACGCCAGCGAUGGCGAGACUCUGAAAGUAUCGGGGUGGAAAGGUCUGCCGCUAGGUGAAGAAGGCUAUCUGACCCUUGCCGCGGAGUAUAAAGAUCGUGAACCGAGCAACCGCGCCGGCCUCGAUCCGCGUAACCAGUACCCUGAAACCCCUCUGAGUUCGGGCAUUCAGGAUCCACGCAACAACAGCUUCAACCGUCUGAACCACCGUUACGGCAACGGCAACGCUGAAGAUUUCAGCUUCUUUGCUAAUGCCGGUUUACCGAUCAGCGAAACCGCUGAACUCUACGCCUUUGGUGGCUAUCAGGACCGUGAAGCUGAUUCUCCCGGUUUCUACCGCCGCGCGGGGGAUGCAACCGUGGACUUCCGCAGUUCACCACGAAACCUGACGGAGAUUUAUCCCAAUGGAUUUCUGCCCACCAUUAUUGGUGAGGUAACAGACAUCAGCCUGGCUGGUGGUAUCCGCGGCAACUUCGGAGAAUGGGAUUACGAUGCCAGCGUCACCUUUGGCAACAAUGAGCUGGAAUAUUCCGUUGAAGACAGCUUGAACGCGUCAUUAGGACCGGCUGUUACGCAAACCAAAUUUGACGCCGGUGCACUUGAAUAUCAGCAGAUUGUUGUCAAUGCCGACGUCACAAGAGAUUUUGACAACCUGCUACCCGGGCUUGUCACCUUGUCUUUUGGUACCGAGUUCCGUGAAGAAAACUUCGAAAUUUCUGCUGGUGAACCCAACUCUUACAUUCAGGGCGGCUAUCGCGGCCUGCUGGGUGUGAACUUCACUGCAGCCCAGGAUCCUGAAGCAGACGGUGUCGCUUUUGCAGGUGGCAGCCAGGUAUUUGCAGGCUUCACGCCACAAUCAGAAGUAGACGAAGAUCGCGAUUCGGUGUCUCUGUAUGUUGACGUUGAGUGGACACCCAACGAUCAGCUGCUAUUCGGCGCCGCCAUUCGGUAUGAAGACUAUUCAGACUUCGGCGACGAGACAACUGGUAAGUUUGUCGCUCGCUAUGACAUCACCGAAAGCUUUGCCAUUCGCGGUGGCUAUUCAACUGGCUUCAGAGCACCGUCUCUGCAGCAGCAGUUUUUUACCGCCAGCUCAACCAACUUUAUUGACGGCGUGCCUUUUGAAAUUGGCACCUUCCCGGCAGAAUCUGCAGCUGCAGUCGCUUUAGGUGGUCAGUCGCUGGACGCGGAAACUUCUGACAGUAUUUCAGCAGGCUUUGUCUGGCGUACAGCGACCAACUUCUACCUCACCGUCGAUUUUUAUCAGAUCGAAAUCGAAGACCAGAUUUUUCUAACGGAAAAUCUGGGCGGUACAGAAGUAGAAGAUGUGCUCACUGCUGCCGGUGUUACCGGUGUAAGCCGCGUGCGCUUCUUCCAGAACGGUAUCGAAACCAAAACUACGGGUAUCGACAUUGUUGCCCGCUUUGAUCUUGAAACCAACGAUAUGGGAUCUUUUGAAUUCAGCGCCGGUAUGAAUUUCUCUGAUGUCGAAGUUGAAAAAGUGCCUGUUAACACGGUUAUUCCAUCUUUGACACUUUUCUCCAGGGACAAUCGAUUGACCUUUGAAGAAAGCGCUCCUCAGGACAAGAUCAUCUUAACCAUGGACUGGCGCUAUAAAGCAGCUGAUGUGAACGUCCGUGCAACACGUUACGGCGAAGUUGUCGAUCCGUCUAACAACCCAGCAAACGACUUCACUUUGGAUGCAGAAUGGAUUGUUGAUCUGUCUAUGAACCUGGCCGCAACAGACAACAUCAAUAUCGGCAUUGGUGUGGAUAACGUGUUUGAUCAAUAUCCAACUGAAACGCCUGCUGGCCAGAGCUUCAACGGCAUCUUCCCUUACUCCACACGCUCACCUUUCGGCUUUGCCGGACGUUUUGCGUACCUGCGUGCAGGUUUUGAGUGGUAA